GCCCUGGAAGGUCCAUCCAGUAUUACGCUCCCCGUAAACACGUGCGCGUGUAAACAAAACACUACUUUCCCCCAGAUUUGUGCUGCUUUUUUUGUACGGUUAUUCUUUUUGUUGAGGAUACUGAUAGAUAUGCAAACAGAUAGUUUUGAUCCCGAGAAGAGUGAAUUUCUGCAGCCAUCAGAAAGUGAGAUACAGACAUGGAUGUCAAAGGCGUUUGAUAUGGCAAUUGAAGCCCUUGAGAAUGGUGAGGUUCCAGUUGGCUGUUUGAUGGUUUAUAACAAUGAGAUUAUUGGAAAAGGAAGAAAUGAGGUGAAUGAAACAAAAAAUGCUACCCGGCAUGCAGAAAUGGUGGCACUGGAUCAAGUGCUGGAUUGGUGCCGUUUUAGAGAGAAGGACCCGAAGGAAGUGUGUGAACAGACUGUACUGUAUGUGACAGUGGAGCCAUGUAUCAUGUGUGCAGCUGCUCUGCGCCUGCUUUACUUUCCUCUUGUUGUAUAUGGGUGCAAAAAUGAGCGGUUUGGAGGCUGUGGCUCCGUCCUGGACAUCUCAUCAGAUCAUUUACCACACACUGGAACUACAUUUAAGUGCAUCGCAGGCUAUAGAGCGGAAGAGGCGGUUGAAAUGCUCAAGACAUUUUAUAAACAAGAAAACCCAAAUGCUCCCAAACCUAAAGUGAGGAAAGAUUUGGUUAGUCCACCAGGUGGCGCUGUAGUCAUUCAGGCAAAACAAGGACCACAAGAUUGAGGAGAGAGAAACAAUUGGUCCUUUGAGCUGAAAUGGAAAAUAUUUGAACAUUCAGACGAUUACAUGACCUCGUAUCUCAAUGAUUUUGCCAUCUUUUUGAGAUCAUUGAUUUAAUCUACUUCUAUUUGAGGAACCACAUUGUCUCAUUAGCCAGACCACAUCGCUCGUAAACCUCCAGGCCUCUUCUUCUCUGUGGCUGGACGCUGUGAGUGUCUUCACAGCAUGUGGAAGCAUAAGACUAGGCCUGUUCUGCAUUAAAGUGCAGGUUCUUCUCCAGCUCUUGCUCUCUAUGUGUCCUUAUAUAACCCAGAACACUGGUUCUGAACUCUCCAUGAUCUCAGUCUUGGGCUCACUCGCAGAUGCAGGGCAGACCCAGGUGGAGUUUCCACUUACUUCAUUGCCAGAAACUUUAAAGGGAUAGUUAAAAAUGAAUGUCUAUCAUUACUUUCUCACCCUACAUUUUCUUCCAUAGUGCAAAAAGGUGAAUUUCAUGAAGAUUUUUUUUUUUUUUUAUGAAUACCAA